GAAGUGAAAAUAAUCAGAGAGCUUGUCUGUGCUUUGGGUAUAUAAGGCUCCUGUUCUGCCAUCCCACCACAGUUGAGACACUUGAACAGCACUGGAUUGAAUUUCUUUGCAGCUUGCAGCUUCAUUCUACGCCUCAGAAUGGACUUCCAAAUGUUUGCCAUGGUGUUGGUUUUCCUGGCCUGCGUGGAGCAGAGCCUGGCCUCGUGUGUGGUGGACAGCUUCACAGUCAAACAGGACUUCGACCCCAAGAGAUAUGCAGGAAAGUGGUACGCUCUGCAGAAGAAGGAUCCUGAGGGUCUGUUCCUGCAGGACAACAUCUCUGCUGAAUACACUGUUGGGGAUGACGGUGCCAUGGUGGCCUCCUCAAGGGGCAGAGUCACUCUGUUUGGAUUCUGGGUUGUGUGUGCUGACAUGGCUGCCCAGUACUCCGUGCCUGACCCCGGCACCCCCGGCAAGAUGUUCAUGAACUACCAGGGACUGGCCAGCUACCUGUCCAGCGGCGGUGACAACUACUGGGUCAUUGACACAGACUAUGACAACUAUGCCAUCACCUACGCCUGCCGCACCCUGAAGGACGAUGGAAGCUGCGAUGAUGGCUAUGCCCUGAUCUUCUCCCGCAACCCCCGCGGCCUCCCCCCUGCCAUCCAGAGGGUCGUGCGCCAGAAACAGGAGGAAAUCUGCAUGGCCGGCCAGUUCCAGCCCGUCCUGCAGUCCGGAGCUUGCUAAACCCGUACCAGGUUGGAGUUUGUUGUCCUACCGUGCAUCACAGUGGACCGAUAACCUCCCCAAGAUGAAAAUGGAUAUCAUCUCAAAGACGCAAAUAAACAAUUAUUAGGCACAUUAAAAAAAAUUACAAUUUGCUAUGUCUUAAUGUGAAAGAAAAACAAAC